AUGAAGCUACGACCUCGGAAGCCGGUCAACUAUGCUCCCGCACCUACGGAUUCAGCUUCUGGUAGUCCCGCCCAGCCAUCGGCCGGUGGCGGCGUAGGUGAUGCACCGGGACCAGACGCCCAGCCACCAGCCGGCGUCGGCGCAGGUGAUGCACCGGGACCAGACGCCCAGCCACCGGCCGGCGUCGGCGUGGGUGAUGCACCGGGACCAGACGCCCAGCCACCGGCCGGCGUCGGCGUGGGUGAUGCACCGGGACCAGAGCGGCAGCACAUUAUCCCGGACUGGAUCGGGGAUACCUCCGCACCGGACGAUUCCCUGCCGGUUGUCCCAUCGACGCCAGAGAAGCUCACCGCGGGCAUGACGUCCCUUGCGAUUAGCGGUGCUGAAUGGCGCGAAAGAACUGAGUCCAACUACUCUUCAAACCCGGACCCGGAAUGGGAUGACCCGGAAAAGAACCGCGCGGUUCAGGACGAGCAGAUUGUCAACACAGCCCUUAUUCUCCUACUUAACGUACUUACACUCACUUUUAACGAGGCCCAGGGCAAGUGGUCACUAUACCGGCAGCCGUUUUGUGUACGUGACCGUAAUGCUGAAAAGGUGUUUGAGGCGCGCGUGGACGGAACCUAUACCGUCGGGGGGGAUAACGUCUCUAUUGUCGAGGUCAAGCCGUACAAUCGCAAUGAUAGCAUCAAGGUCAACAGCGCCGUCUCCAUGCAGGAGACGGCGCAGAUGGCGGCGUGGAUCUCGCAGUUCCCGCCCGCGGACGCGAGGACGGCCCCCCCGGAGCGCAUGUACCGGCGCCUGCUGCUGUCGCAGGAUAAGGACGAAGUGUUUUGCACCGUCGCCUCGUUUCGUCCAGCGUACGUUCGCUAUAUCUGUGACUGGACAGACACGACACAGGAGGACGAGGAUAUCAAAAAUGACGAGGGUUUUCUGAAAAUGGACCAGCAAGGGCCUUUUAUGGUGGCUCGUGACAAGCACAUGGAGUUGCUUGGCAAACUUCUCCUGGCAUAUGUGAUCCAGGGCUCUCUAGAGGAGGAGAUCUAA